AGCGAACACAUUACGUGGAGUGACAUGUUGAAGACUUUAAAUUGAAGAAAUUAAGAGUCUUUUUGCAUUUUCUUGGUUAGAUACACCCACCAGUUGAAGCUAUGGGGAGUGGGGUGACAAAAACAAGUGAAUUCAAUAAAAGAUAUGACAGAGAUGGAAACGUCAUCCCAGCGGCCUUAACAAUGAAGGCUGCAGUGAUGAUCCAGCGUUGGUACAGACAGUAUGUGGCCCGUAUGGAGGUGAGACGCAGAUAUACCUGGAACAUCUUCCAGUCCAUAGAGUACUCAGACCUUCAAGACCAAAUCAAAUUAUACAACUUUCUCGGUUACCUGGUGGAUAACUUCACUCCAUCCAGCAGUGAACGAAACCUGAUCUCACAUAUCUUCAGAGAGAAUGAGGUGUGUCGAGAUGCAGAGUGGGAGAGAUAUUUCAGCUACGCUAAUAUUGAAGUGCCGGACAUCUACUCUGGCCCACGGUUAUCCUUUCCACUUGACAUGGCUCAAGUUGCUAAUCUUGCAGAGGCCUUCAAAAACAAACAGCAGCUUCACUCACGUUACGUCCUUCAGCUUCUUCUGGAAACGUGGAAGCUCCUCCGGGUGUUGCCAAACAUCAACCGGGUCUCCACAUGCCAUAGCAAAGAAAUCACAAUCUGUGGUGAUUUACAUGGACAGUUAGAGGACUUGCUACUGAUAUUUUACAAGAAUGGAAUGCCAUCACUGGAGAAACCUUACAUUUUCAAUGGAGACUAUGUGGACAGAGGCAAAGAUUCAAUUGAGAUUCUCCUCAUAUUGUUUGCGUUCCUACUUGUAUAUCCUGGAGAUGUUUAUCUUAACCGAGGAAACCAUGAAGACCACAUUAUUAAUUUGAGGUAUGGCUUCACCAAAGAAGUGUUGAAGAAAUACAAGAUGCACGGCAAGCGUAUCCUCAAGUUACUUCAGAAGAUCUUCAGCUGGUUGCCGUUAGUGACGGUGAUUGACCACAGAGUGCUGGUGGUCCAUGGAGGGAUCUCAGACUCCACUGAUCUCUCUCUGAUAGCUCGAGUCGACAGACACAAGUACGUCUCUGCCAUGAGGCCUCCAAAGAAGAGCAGUGCUUCCCGCACUAACCUGUACAGACCUGCUGUCUACGAUGAGAUGAUGAUCUCUAAAAACAGACGGGGUUCCCUGAUGUUUCCCAAACCAUUGGGCUCUCGAGACAGUUUCCAGAGACGCUCUCUCCAGAACUUCUCAUCAACCAUUACUCGAACCGUCGAGGAGGAGCUGGAGAUCCGCCGCAGGCAAUCAGAGUUCAGUCUCUCCAGCUUCAGCAGGUCUCACCAAAUUCUCAACUUGUCUCUGUCCUCCGAGUCUGAACCAGAUUCCUCAGAAUUCACGAAUACUAACAACGAUGAAUGGAAACAGAUUUUGGACCUGCUGUGGAGUGACCCCAUGUCUCAGGAUGGUUGUAUUCCCAAUGAGAUCAGAGGAGGAGGAUGUUACUGGGGUCCUGAUGUCACAGAGGACUUUCUGAACAGACACAACCUCCAGCUCAUCAUCCGUUCACACGAGUGCAAGCAGGACGGAUACGAGUUCUGCCAUAAUCGUAAUGUCCUCACCAUUUUUUCAGCCUCUAACUACUAUGAGGUUGGCAGCAACAGAGGAGCUUUUAUCAGACUUGGUCCUGAUCUAGUGCCUUACUUUGUUCAGUAUCAAGCCACCGGUAUGACCCGCGGCCUUAGCUUUUCACAGAGCAUGAAACGCACAGAGCACACGGCUCUGAAAGUCCUGCGAGAGCAACUGUUUGCGCACAAGUCUGAUCUCAUCAGUGCCUUUCAGGUGUUUGAUAAGGAGAAGACAGGACUGAUCUCUUUGGACAACUGGGCCGCUGCUAUAGAGCGUGUUCUGCGCUUGGAUCUUCCCUGGCUUGUCCUCCAUGCCCAGUUAGUGUCCAACACCUCUGACGACCUGCUGGACUAUCACGCCUGGUUCCGUGACCUCGCCCUGAAAAAGCCUGGAUGUGAGCACAUUGAACAGACUUUACUGGAGGCACUGUACAGACAUCGAUCCACCAUGGAGACCAUCUUUAGAAUAGUGGACACAGAUAAUUCAGGGUUCAUCACUUUUGAGGAUUUCCGCCAGACGUUGAAACUGCUCAGUGCCUAUCUGAACAUUGAGAUUUCUGAUGAGGCCGUCAAUGAGCUGGUUAUCAACACAGACACGAAUAAUGACGGGAGCAUUGACAUCGACGAGUUCAUGGAGGCUUUUCGACUGGUGGACAAAAGCAGGCUUGAGAGAGGCAGGAGUCUAUUAAAGUUCAAGCAAGAAAAUCAGGACCUGCCUCAAGAAGAGCAAACCCCACAGACUGCUGAAUCUGCAGCUUCACAGAAUGUUCAAUCUCCAGAUCCAAAGACUUCAGAUUCUUCAGAUCCACAGACUGCUGAUUCUUUAGAUUCACAGACUAGAGACUCUCCAGUUUUACAGAGAGCCGAUUCUUCAUAUUUACAAACGGGAACUUCUCAAGAUUCAAAGACUGCUGAAUGUUCCGCUCCACAGACUGCAGACUCUCCAGGUUUACAGACAGAUUCUCCAAGUUCACAAACUUCAGAUUCUUCAGGUUCACGUACCUGAAGAACUAACAGUAACAUUUCUUUUGUAACAAUUAUGCUACAAUAACUGUAAAAAAAAUGACACUGUUGUCAUGUAUACUUCCAGAUGGAGCUUUUCUUACUUUUCUCACAAUCUGGACAGAGUUUUGAUGCUCUUGGCUAGACAGAAGCUCAAGAUCAUGUAGUUUCAGCAAUGGGUCAAAGACAUCGUUUUUUCGUCUAAAAUGUGUGACAGCAUCAAGCUCAGGUUAAGAUGUUCUUUAGUCAAUUUAAUCAGAUUAUACAUUUUUUACAUCUUAUUUGACUGCAUGCAUUACCAACUUCAAACUAUUGGUCCAGGAUUAUUACACCCACAAAAUGUCAUGUGAAUGUGUGCGGGCUAAGAAAAUAGUAAAAAUCAAGAUAUGUUUUCAUUAGACUUUUAUCAUUUGCAUCUGCAAAAGAAGCAAAUACUGUGAGCUUUUCCGUAUCGAAAUGAGUUGACCACUCAUAUAAGAAUCUAUGUUGUAUUUGAUUUCUGUGUAAAUGUGCUGAUCAUGCAAGUUAGGAUGUAGCUGAAAUUCGUGUCAAGAGAUUUUUGUAAUAAGACAAGGGGCGUUUUGACAUUGGGCCCUGUACUAUUACACAAAACAAAUUCGCUCUAUAAAACAGACCAGACAAAAAGCCAUGCCACAUGCUGAUGUUUUUUUUUGUUAUUAAAAACAACAAAAGUGUGU